AUGCCUAAUACUAGACACAGAUUUUGCUUGUGGCAUAUAUUAUGCAAGGUACCUGAGAAGUUUAAGGGUGUUACUGAUUAUGAUAGUGCAUGCCUUGAGUUUAAAGCUGUAAUAUAUGAUAGCUUAACCAUCGAGAUGUUUGAGAGAAAUUGGAAUGAGUUUGUGGUGAAGCAUGGGUUGGAAAGAAAUGAAUGGCUUUCCAAACUAUAUGUUGAUAGGGAGUAUUGGGUUCCAAUUUAUCUCAAUCACACAUUUUGGGCUGGAAUGGUUUCGACUCAAAGGAGUGAGAGCAUGCAUGCCUAUUUUGAUGGGUAUGUUAACUCAAUGAGCACACUAAAGCAAUUUGUGGAGCAGUAUGAGAUUGCUAUGUGUGACAAGAAUGAAAAGGAGUUCUAUGCUGAUUUCAAAUCAAAAAACACAGUUGUAAAUUGCAUAUCUGUUUUUAAAUGGGAACAACAGUUUCAAAAGGCAUUUACUAAUUCAAUAUUCAAGCUCGUUCAAGAGGAGAUUAAACGAAUGUGGUAUUGCCAUGUCAUUCAGCCAACUGAAGAGGGAAGGCGUGAAGCAGAUAAUGAGCCAGGAAUUGAGAGACAUAAAAUUAUGGAGAAAUCCAUAAUCAACAACUGGUUUCGUAGGGAGUUUGUUUAUGAUGUAGAGUACAGGGAAAAUGGCCAAUAUUUCAGCUGCAAUUGUAAGAAAUUCGAAUCAAAAGGAAUAUUGUGCUGCCAUAUCAUGAGGUUGAUGUCACUCAAAGACAUAAAGUUCAUCAACGAACGAUAUUUGCUUAGGCGAUGGAGAAAAGAUGUUAAUCGUGUCCAUAGUAAAAAGUUUUUUCACGGAGGGUACCCACAUAUGACAGAGGAGUUUGAGAAAUACAGGGAGAUGGAGAGGUUAUUUCAAGAAGCAUCCGAUUUGGCUUACGAUGACAAUAAGAUCAAAUUUGUGAAACAACGGUUGGUUGAAUUGAAGCGGGAUUUAUUGAGCUGGAAUGAUGGAAUGAUUGCUCCUACCAGUAAUGCACAGGUUACUAUUGACACUAACAAUGUUGAUGAAAACGAAGAAAAUGAAAGAGUUAUUCUUAAUCCACAUGUGACUCGUAGUCGUGGACGGCCACGAAUAAACAGGCACAGAUCAGUAAGGGAGAUCACUCAACGAGCAAAUUCUGGUAGGAAUAGAAAGCGAUGGAAGGCGGCGUGA